AAGAGACAUCAACCUUCCAGUUUUAUAUGUGCUCUGUGUAUAGCAUCUGAUGGUACGCGACUUUCUGAAUAUUGCUGCAAUGGAUGACUACGCUGCCAUUGAUGACUAUGUUUUGAUUUGGGCAGUUAUACUGCAGAUUUUGCUUAUAAUGGAUGGAGGGAACGAUGCUAUUGCUGUGUUAAAGCUGUUGUGCACUGGCAGGUGAUGAUCCCAUGACUUUGGCUUCAUUGCUGCACCACCAAGAAAACGUGUCAGCUGAUGUGCGGUGGGUAUCGACCGAUUUUUUGCGUGGGAUAGCUGUAACCAAUCAGGAUGCUGCCACAGCGCCUGCCCAGCAUUUGGGUGGCCCCAAUUCAUGUGACGAAAAAUGAAGUGCGGCGACUGAAUUGGCUCUAUUAAUGCUUGGCCAAUUCAAUACAGGCAACGCACGUUUCUUCUCACAUCUUCUAACUCACCACCAAUAUAACUCAUAACCCCCUUUCAAUAAGACUGCCAUGGUUGCAAUUUCAACAUCCAUCCUUUAUUCGCAACUGAGGCAGUCAAUUGGGUCGCUCACCGCGUCCUCUGCUACCCUCUAUGACCGGAUCCAAGAAAAACUGGUCACAUAUGCCCCUCAGCAUCGAGAACAUAUAUUGUAUCCUAGGUUCACGACCAAGGACGGUCGAGUUACUUUAUCUCGAACCACAGCUGCGUUCUUUUCUUCCAAAAUUGUUCAAUCCACAUCCCAUCAAGUGUCAGACCAAGAAGAUCUGGACAUGUCCAAUUCAUGUAACGGCCUUGACAUGCCCGUGACCCCAGGCUAUAUUGCGCCUCGUGCUCCUAUUGUUCUGUGCCACGGACUGUAUGGCUACGACAAAAUUGGUCCCGAUGCCAUCCCGUCCUUGCAAAUACAUUACUGGUCUGGUAUUGACGACGCUUUGGCUAAACUAGGUGCCAAGGUCAUUGUGACAAGAGUGCCAAGAACAGCCGGUAUCAGCACUCGAGCUCAGGAGUUACACACCAUUCUGACAGCCACUGCCAAAGACAAGGAUAUCAAUUUUUUGGCCCAUUCGAUGGGUGGUCUGGACUGUCGAUACUUGAUCUCGCAUAUCAAGGAUAGGCCGUAUAGAGUGAAAUCGUUGACAACGGUAUCAACUCCACACAGAGGAUCGCCUUUUAUGGAUUGGUGCCGCGAUCACAUUGGCGUCGGUGUGAUGUCUGCUGUAGCCGAAGCUGCUCAUGAAGCGAAGCAGGCAGCGCGAGGCGGAAUUGAUCCUGGCACGGCCAGCUGUGAAGUAGAGCAAGGAAAAGAUAACGUUCAAACGGUCUAUGAAAAGAAUUCAGAAGGAUUUUCUCUUCCUUUUGUGAAUAACAUCUCCUUAGCCGCACUUGCCAAGAUACCCACGACGUUGAUUGAUCCAGUUGUGUCCAAGGUCAUUCAGUCUCUGGACACACCAGCCUAUUCAAAUCUUACUACUGAUUACUGUAAAAAUUAUUUCAACCCUAAUACGCCUGAUGAUCCCUCCGUUCAAUAUUAUUCUUAUGGAGCUUCCAAGCCAAUCCCCAUCUGGUCAACGCUGGGCUUUCCAUGGCAAGUCAUAAAAGACAAGGAAGGUGACAAUGAUGGCUUGGUCAGUCUAACCAGCGCUAGAUGGGGAAAAUAUGUUGAAACCGUACCUGCCGAUCACUGGGAACUAAAGGCUUCUCCAGAAUGGUACCCACGAGUUACUAGCAAGCUCAAGGCUACACCCACUACCCCAGAAAAGUCCAAAGACUUUGAUCCUGUUGAAUUUUAUAUGCGUAUGGCCACUUAUCUAUAUCACCAAGGACACUAAUGGUUCCCAUUGCCAUGGGACUUUUUUAAAACUUUCGCAAAAAGUUGGAUUUUUGAUAUAACAACUUGUAAAUAGGUCGAUACUUACUACGUAAACGGCUAAGCAAUUAUUUCCCUUUUUUCUUAAUGGCUUAAAUCGCGUUGACGCUGCUCUUUUGACGAUGUACAUUCUUUCCUUUUCCCACUCUGCCAUUUCCCCCUUACUUAAUAAAAAAUAACUGAUGAAGAUA